AUGACUGAACGAAACGCAAAUGUGGCAUAUUCUCUGGUGUCCGAUCAAGAUGAAAGAACUCAAUACACAGUAGUUAUCCUCUUCAUAAUCCAUAAAAACGCCAAUAACCAAACUCUAGGAAGACAAACGCGCCACCCACAGAGGAUCGAGAAGUUGCUCAAGGCAACUUCGAUUCUACAUGGUCCUCAAUAGUCUAAUGUUCAUCACAUCUCUAAUCUUUCUCUUAAUUUCCGUUCACAAGAAUGCGCAACACGGAGAAAACUGGCCGUUUCGGCAACUAUCAUUCAAUUAUAAGAUCAUCAAAUCAUUGAGGAUAUAGACUUACACCUCUCACAGCCCCGAUACUACAGCGUUUUGAAGUAGAUACCAUCUUAAAAACCGUACAAGGGACCUUAUUCAACGAGCACAACGACCUACUCCGCCGCCCCCCCUCACCCUCAGUCGACGCCGUAUGGGACCGCCUCGCCAGCCUGGGUACAUUCUUCAUCAGCAGCUCCGACGUCGUACGACUCGGCAAGAACCCAGAAAUAUCAACCAAAGCACCCUUGGAAUGGGGUAAGAAAUCUCUCUAGCCUGUGAUCUGGAAAAACCGCUGACUUUGAAAGGGUUCGGGCCAGAUGCAUAUCUAGCACAUUUAGAUGGCCAACACGCACUACAUUGUUUAGAUGCCGUGAGACGCUAUGCGUAUGGAGAGUACUACUACCCCGACGCCAAAGACUGGAAUACUAGUAGUAUCGAUGAGGCGCAUCGUUCGCACUGCUUGCAUAUCCUUUUGCAGAGUCUGACGUGUAAUUAUAAUUUCGAUCUUAUCACUUAUAACGUAUGUCGCGCUCUCUCACAAUUAAAUUCCGCCAGACAAUUGAAGCGUAUCUUGGCUAACAACGUGAAGUGGAUGGUCACUCAAAAGCAUCCCUUUCCCGAUUUUGGGGUUAACAAGAAGUGCGUUAAUCAUGAUCAGAUCCUUGACUGGCAGGCAAAGAACAAGAUCUCGGAUGAGAUGUGGGAGGAUUUCGCGAAGCGUGGGCUGCCAGAGGGUCAGGAAAUUGUUCCUAUUUCACCGCUGAUGGGUGAGUGGUCUGCGGGUGAUAUUUAUAAGGACCAUGAGCAUUGAGGAUAAUUUGAGAUUUCAUAGAGAAGCUAGCAUUACAGACAACAACCCUUUUUUUGGAAAUGAAAAGCGAACACUGCAACAGUCUCAUAUCUAACUUACAUGACAAAAGAGCCCCCUUACACGCACAACAUCCUCAAACACCUCUCCCAGUACCAAAGCAGAAAUCCCCCCUUUUGAAGGAAAAAGUUUGAAAAACGCAAGAGAAACCAAAAAACCGAAAAAAAACCCAACUAAACACCCCCAGGUCUCAACCCCUCAAUCCACUCACAAAUACACUUCCCCUCCUUCACAUCCCACACAGGCCUCUGCUCACUGAUACAAAACACCUCCGCACAACUCCCCACCCCACUCGUCGGCUUCGGCACCGCACUCGUAGAAAACGCAGCCGUCGCUACCACAGAAGUAACAGUACUACUCUCCCCCACACACACACAAGCAUUCUCCUCCGAGCUCCAGACCUCCGGUUGCUUGGUCGCAGGACACCUUAUCCAAUCCAUCACCGUAAUAUUAAAGCACGCAGGAAUCGAAUCCGGAUCCGGGAGCGUGGCAGAGAGCGUAGGUAUCGGUGCCGCAGAAGUAACUGCGAUGUCUCGUCGUCGGAAGAAGUUUGCAUCGGGUUCGAGACCGGGUAUGUAUUCGCAGGAGCAGGACUUGGUGGAUAUGUCGUAG